AUGAGUGUUUUAAGUGGUUUGAACAAGGCUGACUUCAAGACAGCUAGUGAUGGACUUUUGGAGCUUUCGGAGGAGAGGCUCCGAAGCAUCAUGCGCUCAGAGCCCAUAACAGAUGUCUACCAUGUCGAACAGACACCCUUUGCAAGUCUUCCACUAUUUCAGUCGAAUAACGGCGUGGGCGCAAAGCGAUUAAGUGAAACUCACAAUCAUUCAGCCAUAGGCAGGUACAUCAGCCGGAAUGGUAGGGAUCCGUGCGGUGGUGAUUUCACCGCAUCGCCCGGGGCGGCUCGUUUCCCGGGAUCGCGGCGCGACAGCGGUUUUUUUCCGUCCGCCGCCCGCUGCCCAGAUGCGUGCGCGCCUCCGACUUUCUACGGCCGAGCGGGCGCUGCGUUUUCACUUUCGAGGCGGCGGCGGACCGCGGAAUGCGGCCGGACCUCCGACCUCGAGUGUCGCCUCCCCGCCCUCGCUGCCCUUCGCCCAGUCGCUCACCGCUCACGUCUCUUUUGCACGAGGGCGCGAGGCAACAUUUUAACUGAGGCGAUGCGUGCGAAACCUCCACCCACUAUUUCACAUUGGUUG